UACAUUAUUAAGUCAAUGAUGAUAACAGCUGACCGAAUAUAUAAGAGCAUCAGGAAUUUGGAGAUUAACAUUCUAGUCCACCUGUUCGAAAUGAAACUAGUAAUAAUUUUGGUGGUGGCCGCAGUAGCGACCGCAUUGCCUGCGGAUGAGCCUUAUGGAUACCACAGGAAAGUUGGCAUCAAGUUGGCACAAAGUAUAAGACAGGCAGAACUAGCCACGGACUUCGAUAGCGCGAGGAUCACUGGCGGCGCUCCAGCGCCACUGGGUGUUCAUCCUUACAUUGGUGGUCUGUUGAUUGCAUUGCGAUCAGGUUGGACAUCAGUCUGCGGCUCUUCAUUGAUAUCCCAUACGAGAGCAAUAACAGCCGCCCACUGCUGGUUCGACGGCAGGGAAACUGCACUUGGCAUAACCAUAGUGUUGGGCAGCACGCGUCUCUUCACUGGGGGCGUCAGAGUUAACUCAACUAACGUGGAAAUCCAUGAACAAUACAACCACAGAAACGUCAUUAAUGAUAUCGCUAUGAUUUAUCUGAGCUGGAUACCGUUUACACCUGUGAUCCAAGCUAUCGACUUGCCCACUGGCUCCUUGAUGCACGAUAGUUUCGUUGGUCGCGGGGCGUGGGCGUCUGGCUUCGGAAGACUGGGCGAUGCGUCUGGAAUCUACGCCCAUCAGUACCUGAGCCAUGUGUUUCUGAACGUGAUAACCAAUGAUGAGUGCUCCUCACACUACCCCCCUAAUGUCUUCCCCUCUACAAUAUGCACCAGUGGUGUGGGCAAUAUUGGGCCCUGUCAAAGUGAUUCCGGUGGUCCACUGUCCACCUUUGUCAACGGAAAACCUGUGCUGAUUGGAGUUACUUCAUUCGGAUCAGCUAUGGGCUGCCAAGCGGGAAGACCUGCGGCGUACACGCGUGUCACAUCUUACAUACCUUGGAUUCAGCUCCGCAUGUGAUGUUACAGAACAAUAAUUAAAAGUGAAAUAGAGACAAAUAAAACUUUUUAUUUUAAA